AUGAAUAUUUGGUGUUUUUUAUUAAUUAUUUUGUAUUUGUGCCAAAUAGAGAAAUCUUUAUCCAACUUAGAAAGGUGUCCACUUAUUUCUGGAAAUUCUAUAGAAAGUAGUAAUUUAACAACAGAUCUGCUUAUAUGGAGCCAAUUACAUUCGUAUAACAUUCAUAUUACAAAUAUCGAUUUAUUGAGUACAAGAGGUCGUUCUUCUUGUUGUGAAGAGAUAGAUUGCUACAAACAUGUUGUAAGAAGUGAAGGUCUGGUCUGUAAAAAUUCCACUAAUUGCAAAUUAGGCUGUCAGUUCUUCAGCAAUAUUACAAACACCUCAGAACCAAAUGAUAGCAAUAAUGAAAACAAACCUUAUGUAAAUUCUACAUAUGAAGUAGUUGCGACUAAGAUUCAAUAUUUAAAAGUUACUUUCAACUGGCCAAUAAUUUUAUCAAACAACAAUAAAAUAAAGAGCAUUUAUAUAAUUACAAUAACAUUUAUAAAUGAAAAGACAGAAUGGAUUUUGGGUUUAGUGAGUGAAAACACGUUUACAGUUGAAGAGAAUUUUCUUUGUAGUAAUCUUAAUAAAUAUGUGGAAGGAUCAGAAUUUCAGUUAAACGUGUAUCCAAUUAACUUUAAAGGAUACAAUCAAACCAUCAAGUUAUCUUCAAAUUAUACAACUUUUGCUAGUUUCGGAUUAACAAAUUUUUCAAUUAGUGGUCCAAUAUAUAAACGAAUCGAAAAUGAAUAUCAAAAUUUUAUACGAUUGGUUUGGAAAGUCCAAUGGAAUAAUCAAAAAAUCUGCUGCAAACUUCUAGAGCGUAUUGUAACAGAGUGUUUAACCAAGUAUCUAUCUGUUAAAAGUUUUUUAUCUCUAAAUCAGCACAGAUUUGUUCCAAAUAAAUUAUCUACUACAAAUUUAUUACAAACUGUAGAUCAGAUAUCAUAUGCAAUUGAAAGAGGUUAA